AGCCCUUCCCGUAGCCUGAAAUGGUGAGUGCAUGCCUUCUGUCCAUUGUUACCUGUAAAGAAUUCCUUGUUAAUCAAGGUAUAACUGUGUCUGUCUGUCUGUCUUCCCCACACAGGCUGUGACACUUCACACUGAUUUAGGAGACAUUAAAAUCGAAGUGUUUUGUGAGAGAGCACCUAAAGCAUGCGAGGUAAGUAAACGGUUACCAAACUGGGGGAAUAUGUGCCCAAUGUAACUGUUUUAUAUUUUUAUACCUGGAAUGGAAAACCACAUCGCUUCUUAUAGCGUUAAACUGUUAGUGUGCUCAGGCUGUACCACUGUCAGAUUUAGCAGGAACGGGUGAAUUUUUAUUUAUUAUUCAAAUUUAAUCUCAAAAUAGCCAAACUGAAGACUUGCUGAUUUUGGUUAUGUUUCCAGGUUAGCUAUUGUGUCUAAAAAUUUGAAAUUCACAUUGAAUUUCCAUCAAUUAAAGGGUUACUCUAACUCUUUAUAACAUACAUUUUAUUUUAAUUACCGAUGCUCUAUUAGGCUGUUCUAGGCUGGAUUUCUGUGAAAGCGACCUCGCCACUGGUUUUUGGAGGGGACUGAUUGCCGGCCUCAUACCUUCUGACUAUGGCCCCUGGGAGAUUGUGCCCUUUAACAACAGUCUUGGGGCUUAUGGCUGGGUCUCUGUGUUAUGAGUUGUUCGAGGCUUUAUACACAUUUAUUGGGUAUUGUUCUAGGCUGAGUCUCUAUGUUAUGAGUUGUUCGAGGCUUUAUACACAUUUAUUGGGUAUUGUUCUAGGCUGAGUCUCUGUGUUAUGAGUUGUUCGAGGCUUUAUACACAUUUAUUGGGUAUUGUUCUAGGCUGAGUGUGUUAUGAGUUGUUCUAGGCUUUGUGUGCGUUUAUUGGGUAUUGUUCUAGGCUGGGUCUCUGUGUUAUGAGUUGUUCUGGGCUUUGUGUGGGUUUAUUGUGUGUUCUAGGCUGGGUCUCUGUUAUGAGCUGUUUGAGGCUUUGUGUGCAUUUAUUGGGUAUUGUUCUGGGCUGGGUCUCUGUGUUAUGCGUUGUUUGAGGCUUUGUGUGUAUUUAUUGGGUAUUGUUCUAGGCUGGGUCUCUGUGUUAUGAGCUGUUUGAGGCUUUCUGUCCAUUUAUUGGGUGUUGUUCGAGGCUUUGUGUCCAUCUAUUGAGGAUUGUUCUAGGCUGCGUCUCUAUGUUAUGCGUUGUUCUAGGUUACUGUAUAAUAACUUUGGCUUUCAAUGUGUCUCUUAGAACUUCCUCGCUCUAUGCGCCGGUAACUAUUACACUGGGUGCCUCUUCCACAGGAACAUUAAAGGCUUCAUGGUACAAACAGGAGAUCCUUCAGGUGAGUUCAUACAUUAAUGUAAAUGCAUCCUGCUGUGCUUGUUUCUAAUUGUAAAGAAAAGGCUGUGUGCGAGAAGUCGCUAGACGUGGUCAUUUGGCUACAGCUAUAUAGUGAUUCUACAUACUGAAUGUCAUUGAGAACAACCCAAUUCUAAAGCAGUAUAUAUCAGGAGCCUUGUAUGCUGAGUAUCCUCUUUUAUAGUAUCAGAACUCAUUCUUCUCUAUCACUGUUGUCACUGAACUCUUUAUCCUCUUCCCCUUGUUUUCCCUUGCCCUUGUCUGCUGUGGCUAAUAGUUUCUCAUUCUACUCAGGUUCCGGAAAAGGAGGUCAAAGCAUCUGGGGCCGGAAGUUUGAAGAUGAAUUUAGUGAAUACUUGAAGGUGUGUGUUUCUGAUUUAAUAUCUGAUUCUGUUGUUUGAUAGAUCUGUUCUAAAUGUGGAACUUGCACUGCUGAGAUGGACCUCUUCUAGUUAGGGGAUCCAGUCCAUUACUUACAGGUGUCUAAUUCACACUCACAGCCAAUAUUCACUUUAACAUUUGGCGUUUUCCCGUAACUCUAACAGUGCCAGGGACCUCUAGAAUUAAAAUAAAUAAAUAUUGCACAUCUUUCUAAACAGUGGAGAGUCCCCUCUCACCGCUGUUCCAUAUACCCUGGAGAGACUGCUGCCAUCACAGAUGAAAGUUGGUAUGUGUGCAGCUAUUACCUUGAAUAUACCAAUCAAAUAUAGCACUCGCAUAAUCGCAUUUGUGUCAUAGGGAAGCAAUAAUUAACAAGGAAACCCUCAUGGCAUUCGCAAAUUGUCCAAAAUCAAUUCAUAAAAUUGCCAAUUUAACUUCCACUCGGUCACUCACUUCAUGUUAGCGAUGCAGGCUCACUGGAUGUGGCUGUAUAAUAUCGAAGGACAUAUUGAAAAAAUAAUUUCUGUCCUUAGUAACAAUUAUUGCCACUGGGUACCGAACCGCUUCCAGAAGGAACUCGGUAGAGUCUGACGAGGGUCUCUGUGCUCACAUAACUCUGUUUCUGUGGUGUGGCCCUAAUUAUACUGAAAGCAACAUUAAGGGAAUGCUGUGUAGCUACAGUUCUUCUAGCAUGUUGGAACAAGGCUGUGGAACACAAUCUCGCUUCCCUGGUUAAAGAAAGCCUUUCAUUGGUCUGGCUGUUGAGCGGUCCAUUGGUGAUGUUUGCUAGUGAAAGUAACAAAGAAUGUCACAUCAGCAGCGUCAUGUCAUUUGUUUUCGCCCACAAUUCUAAGCCAGGUAUUUUAUGGCAUAAUUUUCACCAUCACUGCACUCUGGUUUAGGAGAAGAGCGCCCUUUAGAGAGAUUAAUCACUUGGCAGGGGGUGACCUGGGGUUGGACAGAUGCUACCUGCCUGACUGCAUAGUACUCACUAUGAAACGUAGUCACAGAGGAGUCGUGGCCUGGCCCUGUUUUCUUUGUCUUGCAUAAGCCUUUAUGUUUCAGUGGGGGGAGGUUUUUUGUUUUUUUAUUAACAUUAUGACAUUCAAUGGCAUUCUAGAUAUUUCAGUGUUUCUAACUUUGUGGCACCAGAGAGGUGGAAGGUCAUUUCCUUUCGCAACAUUAGGAAGUCUCUGUGCCCAAAGCAACAUCUAUAUUUAAAUUAUUUACAUCAGAGCCAGAGAGCAUGAUGAGCCUGCACAGAGCCUGUGUCUCAACCCCAUCGAACACUAUUGAAAAUUUAAUUGGAAAGGUAAUGAUGAGCAUGGCUCUAUGACCCAACAUCUGCACCCAUCUUCUCCAAUCCUCUAGCUGAAUGGAAACAAGUUUCCAGCAACACCCUGCCAUUCUCACGGGGUCAAUGGGUCUUACCAUGUUGUAACACCCACCCUCCACUGCCAUCCCCUCUGCUGCGAUUGGCCUUGCUUUGGGACACUUGCCCAAGCUGGGCAGUUUUCUUUGAUGAUUUCGACAUCUGACUUGCACUUCCAGCACGUCAGAAUCAGAACAUUGUUAACUCCCCCAGCCAGAACAAGACACACUUGGUGAGGAACUACAGAGAACCACAUUUGGGAGGGUUCUCCUGUUUUCCCUGUCGCUCAGUCCUCUGCUUAGAUCUACAUGCUAUCAGCUGGAAGUUGUAUGUACCAUGACAGGUCCAAUUAAAGGGCUACCCAAACAGGAAUGAAAUCUCAGAUUGUAUUUAGUAUAAAUCAUACAGCAAACAGUGGAAUCGGGCAUUUCCAGUUGAUUCUGAUAACUGAUGUCUUUCCUUUAUUAUGUCCCCAGCACAGUGUACGAGGAGUCGUCUCAAUGGCCAACAACGGUCCCAAUACUAAUAGUUCCCAGUUCUUCAUUACAUAUGGCAAACAACCCCACCUGGACAUGAAGUACACCGUGUUUGGGAAGUAAGUAUGGUGGAGACCACUCUACACAUUGCGAUCCCUGUUUUGGGUGGACUCCUCUUCACCAUCCCCUCCUCUCUUCUCUUUGUAUACACUUAUUCUUACGGGCCUAUGACUCUUCCUGCUGUAGAAUGAUUGGGGUUUCCGAGUCUAUAAUUAUCCUUUUGUCUGGAUGUAGGAUUUGGGGGAAUUAGAAUUAUUGGGGUGCUUCAUUUUGUAAGUAAUGUAAGUAAUUUUCUCUGAAAAUCAUGUAGAGUGAUGGCUGCUGUUUUAGGGUCCCCUAUCCUGUAACUGUCCUCUCUGUCUAUCAGGCAAUUGGAGCAGUAUUUGGGUGCCCUAUUCUGUAAACAUCCUCCUCUCCUUCUGUAGGGUGAGCAGUAUUGAGGUGAUCUCUUCUGCAACUAUCCCCUUCCCAUGCUGUAAGGUUUUAGAAGCCGUAUUGGGAUGUCCUAUUCUGUAUAUUUCUCUCACUCAUGCCAUUGGGUGAUUGGGGCAGUAUUGGGAUGUCCUAUUCUGUACAUUUCUUUCGCUCAUGCCAUUGGGUGAUUGGGGCAGUAUUGGGAUGUCCUAUUCUGUACAUUUCUCUCGCUCGUGCCGUUGGGUAAUUGGGGCAGUAUUGGGAUGUCCUAUUCUGUAUAUUUCUCUCGUUCGUGCCGUUGGGUGAUUGGGGCAGUAUUGGGAUGUCCUAUUCUGUAUAUUUCUCUCGCUCGUGCCGUUGGGUGAUUGGGGCAGUAUUGGGAUGUCCUAUUCUGUAUAUUUCUCUCGCUCGUGCCGUUGGGUAAUUGGGGCAGUAUUGGGAUGUCCUAUUCUGUAUAUUUCUCUCGUUCGUGCCGUUGGGUGAUUGGGGCAGUAUUGGGAUGUCCUAUUCUGUAUAUUUCUCUCGCUCAUGCCGUUGGGUAAUUGGGGCAGUAUUGGGAUGUCCUAUUCUGUAUAUUUCUCUCGUUCGUGCCGUUGGGUCAUUGGGGCAGUAUUGGGAUGUCCUAUUCUGUACAUUUCUCUCGCUCGUGCCGUUGGGUGAUUGGGGCAGUAUUGGGAUGUCCUAUUCUGUACAUUUCUCUCGCUCGUGCCGUUGGGUGAUUGGGGCAGUAUUGGGAUGUCCUAUUCUGUACAUUUCUCUCGCUCGUGCCGUUGGGUGAUUGGGGCAGUAUUGGGAUGUCCUAUUCUGUACAUUUCUCUCGCUCAUGCCGGUGGGGUAGUGGGUUGGUAUUGGGAUGUCCUAUUCUGUAUAUUUCUCUCGUUAGUGCCGUUGGGUCAUUGGGGCAGUAUUGGGAUGUCCUAUUCGUAUUUCUCUCUAAAUUUCGUGCCGUUGGGUGAUUGGGGAGACGUAUUGGGAUGUCUCUGUUUCUCUCGCUCGUGCCGUUGGGCGUUGGGGUGCGGUAUUGGGAUGUCCUAUUCUGUAUAUUUCUCUCGCUCGUGCCGUUGGGUGAUUGGGGCAGUAUUGGGAUGUCCUAUUCUGUACAUUUCUCUCGCUCGUGCCGUUGGGUGAUUGGGGCAGUAUUGGGAUGUCCUAUUCUGUACAUUUCUCUCGCUCGUGCCGUUGGGUGAUUGGGGCAGUAUUGGGGUGUCCUAUUCUGUACAUUUCUCUCGCUCGUGCCGUUGGGUGAUUGGGGCAGUAUUGGGAUGUCCUAUUCUGUACAUUUCUCUCGCUCGUGCCGUUGGGUGAUUGGGGCAGUAUUGGGAUGUCCUAUUCUGUACAUUUCUCUCGCUCAUGCCGUUGGGUGAUUGGGGCAGUAUUGGGAUGUCCUAUUCUGUACAUUUCUUUCGCUCAUGCCGUUGGAUGAUUGGGGCAGUAUUUGAGUACCUUGUUUGGUAACUAUUCAUUUUUCUAUUAUAGAGUAAUUGACGGCCUUGACACACUGGAUGAGUUGGAGAAGCUGCCCGUACAUGAGAAAUCAUUCCGCCCUCUUACCGAAGUUCGAAUAAAAGAUGUCACCAUUCACGCUAACCCCUUUGCUCUCUAGUCUGUGUUAUCAGGAUUAUCAUUACUGAUCCCACAUUACUGCAUAGCUAAUACAUCAUCUGUGGGCUACCCAUGGCUUCCAGAUUAUCACUCUGGGAAUUUGUAACUUGCAAUGAUCAGAAAUGGACUUCUGCCUACACAUAAAUGAUGGAUAUCCUCUCUGUUUAUCCAGGACUUGGUCUAAUUCUGUUAUACAUACAGUGCCAGAUUUCACCUCAAUGUCCAGUUUCAUGUCUUUUUGUAUUGAUCUGUGAAUGUUUGUGAAAUUAAAUUCAUUUUUAAGAAAAAUUCAUCAAUGUAAAAGAAGGUGGUGACAAGACUGUAUAUAG